AUGGUGAAGGUUACACUUGGUUUGAGAAGGUUACAAUUGGUUUCAAUUGGUUUGAGAGGAGAAGACCGUUGGGAGUUCUGGACAAAGCAGGCUGAUGACCGCCUUCGUGAGUGGUUUGAAGAUGACGAGGCUCUUGAACGUACUAUAAAUGGAGAGUGGUAUCUUGUUUCAUAUGGCAACAAGUGUAGCGUUUCGGAAAGAUUAUGUCUAACCAAAUCUGAGGAGCAACCAUGCAUUAUCGGGAGUAAACCAGACCAAGAUAUUCCUGGAACGCACAUUGUGAUCCCUUCCCCUCAGGUAUCGAAGAUGCAUGCACGUGUAAUCUACAAAGAUGGAGCUUUCUUCUUGAUGGAUCUUCGAAGUUUUGAUCCAACAUUAUUUGAAAUAUUGCUAACCAGUAACUUAGGAAGAAGAUAUAGAGUGACACCAAACUUCCCUGCUCGGUUUAGACCGUCUGAUGUCAUCGAGUUUGGUUCAGACAAGAAGGCGGCGUUUAAGGUCAAGGUGAUCAGGACAACUCCUAAGUUGAACAGAAGGGUUGAGAAGGGUAACGGUAAAUUGCUUCAGGCAGCUUGA